AUGGCGUCAUCCCACCAGCGCUCCGCCUCCACCGCCAUGGACGCGGCGCCGUCGGGAGCGCGCGAUCGGACGACGACGACGACGACGACGACGACGUACUUUGAGCAGCACCGCGAGGCGCUCAUCGGUGACAUUGCCAUGAGCUUCGAGCACGUCCUCGCCAACAUCAAUAAGCUGAACCGGUCCCUCGAGGCCGUCAUCGCGGUCGGCAACGAGUUCUCAUCAGUCGAGGCCCUAUGGUCGCAGUUCGAAAACGUCAUGGCAAAGGACCAGGAGGGGGCCGACAGUGGCAACAGGCCGCAGGGCGGCGAGCAGCAGCAGCAACGACAGCAGCAACAACAACGCGAUGGCGAGCGGUGA